AUGUCAACAGCAAUGUUCUGCAAUAUGAUUGGCGUUGACUCGCAGUUUUCAUAUGUCAUGAUAUCUCUUCUCCUUCCGGGAUACUUUGCAGCCGACCACCAUCGCCGUGAUGAUGCCGAAGCCUACUCGCCCCCCUACUACCCGACCCCGCCUGGGGGGUGGAUCUCCGAAUGGAGCGCCGCAUACGCCAAAGCCCAAGCCGUGGUGAGCAACAUGACCCUCGCUGAGAAGGUCAACCUCACCACCGGCACCGGAAUGUACAUGGGUCCCUGUGUCGGUCAGACAGGAAGCGCACUCCGCUUCGGCAUACCAAACCUCUGUCUCCAGGACUCCCCUCUGGGUAUCCGGAACUCAGACCACAACACCGCAUUCCCUCCUGGAGUGACGGUCGGGGCCACCUGGGACAAGGACCUGAUGUAUCAGCGUGGGGUGGAGCUGGGCGAAGAAGCUCGCGGGAAGGGUGUGAAUGUCCUCCUAGGCCCCGUGGUCGGGCCGAUGUUUAGGAAGCCACUGGGUGGACGCGGCUGGGAAGGCUUCGGGGCUGAUCCCACGCUGCAGGCGAUCGGUGGCGCAAUGACGAUCCAGGGCAUGCAAAGCACUGGUGCGAUCGCCUGCUUGAAACAUUAUAUCGGCAAUGAGCAGGAGAUGUAUCGCGAGACCACGGCGCUGACCCAAGGUUAUUCAUCCAAUAUCGACGAUCGUACUCUGCAUGAAUUGUAUCUGUGGCCAUUCGCGGAGGGAGUGAGGGCCGGAGUGGGCUCUGUAAUGACGGCGUACAAUGAUGUGAACCGCUCUGCAAGCAGCCAGAACAGCAUGCUUAUUAACGGCAUCCUCAAGGACGAGCUGGGCUUUCAAGGCUUUGUCAUGACCGACUGGCUCGCUCAGCAGGGAGGCGUUUCUUCUGCCCUAGCCGGACUUGAUAUGGCCAUGCCGGGCGAUGGUCGCAUCCCUUUGCUGGGGACUGCGUACUGGGGAUCGGAAUUAUCAACAGCGAUACUCAACGGAACUGUUCCAUUGGAUCGGCUCAAUGAUAUGGUGACUCGGAUCGUGGCUACCUGGUAUCAGAUGGGCCAGGACAAGGAUUACCCUCUGCCCAAUUUCUCUACCAACACCCUCGACAAGACCGGUCCUCUGUAUCCGGGUGCCCUCUUCUCCCCCACGGGUGUCGUCAAUCAAUUUGUCGACGUGCAAGGCAACCAUAACAUCACGGCGCACGCCAUUGCUCGGGACGCCAUCACUCUCCUCAAGAACGAGAACGGCACCUUGCCCCUCAAACGUAGCGCCUCCCUCAAAGUCUUCGGCACCGACGCUGGUCCCAACAAGUCAGGCCUCAAUUCCUGCAGUGAUAUGGGCUGCGACCAGGGCGUCCUAACCAUGGGUUGGGGAAGCGGUACUUCACGCCUCCCAUCCCUCGUCACGCCGCAGGAAGCCAUCGCCAACGUCACUACCUCCAACACGACGACUUUCUACCUGACUGACAGCUUCCCCGCCAACUUGGCCACGCCAUCCCCCUCCGACAUCGCCGUUGUCUUCAUCAAUGCGGAUUCCGGCGAGAACUACAUCACCGUAGAGUCCAACCCAGGGGACCGCACCAACGCAGGCUUUAAUGCGUGGCACAACGGCAAUGCGCUCGUGCAGGCCGCUGCAGCCAAGUUCUCCACGGUGGUCGUGGUCAUCCACACCGUCGGCCCGAUCCUGCUCGAGUCGUUCAUCGACCUCCCCAGCGUCAAAGCGGUGCUCAUCGCUCACCUCCCCGGCCAAGCGGCCGGGUAUUCACUCACCGACAUCCUCUACGGCGACACCAGCCCAAGCGGCCACCUGCCCUACACCAUCCCCACCUCGGCAUCCAACUACCCGUCCUCCAUGAACAUCAUCACCUCUCAACCUCUCUUUUCCCAGAUCCAAGACUGGUUCGACGAAGGACUGUAUAUCGACUACCGCUACUUCCUCAAAGCAAACAUCACCCCCCGCUACCCCUUCGGAUACGGCCUAUCGUACACGACCUUCAAGUAUUCCUCCCCUGCUCUCACCACCGUCACCGAACUAAGCACCGGAUUUCCCGCCGCAAGAUCAAGCAAGGCCUCCGUGCCAACCUACCCCACAACCAUUCCCGACCCGAAUGAGGUCGCAUGGCCCAGCACCCUGGAUCGCAUCUGGCGAUACCUGUACCCGUACCUCGAUGACCCCGAGAAGAUCACCAACACCACUACCUACUCAUACCCUUCCGGUUACUCCACCACGCCGCAGCCCGCCCCGCGCGCCGGAGGCGGACAGGGCGGUAACCCUGCGCUGUUUGACACGGCGUUUGAGGUCGCGGUCACAGUUACCAACGCCGGUAGGCGGAGUGGGAGGGCUGUCGUGCAGUUGUACGUGCAGUUACCUGGCGAGGCGGUGCUGGGCGUGGAUACACCCCAGAGACAGCUGCGGGCGUUUGCGAAGACUGGAACCCUGGCACCCGGGGCGAGUGAAGUAGUCAAGUUGAGCGUGACGCGUAAGGACUUGAGUAUUUGGGAUGUUGCGGUGCAGGAUUGGCGGGUGCCGGUUGCUGGGGAUGGCGUCGUGUUUUGGGUCGGGGAAAGUGUGGCGGAGGGGGAUUUGAAGGUGAAAUGUGUGGUUGGGGGCAGUUGUGAGGUUCUUUAAGGGGGAAUUGUCCUAAGGCUCACAUAUGAUGGUAUCAGGGAACCUGAUCGUUCGGUGAUGUGUUGAAGGAGCAUAUGUCAAAGUAUAUCAUAUCGCAAUAAUUGUCUAAGUUGGAAAGGAUAUAACCGGUUUCUUUUCAGAGCUCGAACAGGAGAUUUGAACGAAUAAGGGGCGCAGUUUUCAAAAGACUGCCUCAAGAGACUGGUCUAAUUAAUUGCUAAGAUUGGAAUUGAGCCCAACGAAGAUCCAGCCUGUGGUGACGGCCGAAGAUAAGAAGCGGCGGCGGGCGGAACGGAAGAAGGCAGCACUUUCUGCGUGCCUCAGGCAGCACGUUAUCGCAGAAUUCCGCCCCGGGCGGA